GCCGCCAUUUUCCUCCAGUGAGGUAGUGAGCAUCGUGAAGCAUCAGUUAAUACAACAAUAAUCAACCAUUAAAAAAUCAAAACAUCGUUAAAACAAAACCCAACAAAUCCCUCCCCCCCUCGCCCCGUUAAAUUAAUUAACCUCCAAGUUCCGUAAUUAGAGGUGCGUCGGGGGCGACAGGGCGACAAUUUUUGCGAACACCCCAGGGGCCCAGUUUGAUUGUUUCCACCAAACACAAGAGAUCCAACAAUAAAAAUCUUCAUUGUUGAUAAUAAUAAAUCAACAAUUCGUACAAAUCGUUGGUACGAGGAAAUACAUCGACUUUUGGUAACGACGUGUGUUGAUUAAUUUUUGCAGAGACGUCGAGAGGUGCCCGGAUUAACUCCAGUGACAAGAAAAAUCCACCGGUGGGGGGUAAUCAACACAUUUAAACCGCAUUGAAUCGUAAUAAGUGAUAAAUUAUUUGUGAAUUUAAAAGGGAAAGUGGGGGCUGGAGUUGUGAGAGAUUCGAGGGAAAGGCUUUUACUCUCCACGAAAAUAAACCGAUAAUUGAUAAGACGUCAACGGUGGAUUAGCCGAGGAUUUACUGUAGUCUCCGACAGGACUGUCGGCACACCACGACUUCGUGAUGUUUUGGAGAUUCGACGAUUCACCCUCGAAUACGUAUGAAACCGCCGUAGUGAAGAAACAAUCAGUGUGACGAAGCAUCAAUAAAGUGCGAUAAGAUAAUCAUAGGGUUUUUUUUCCCAAUACGAGGGUUUAAGACAGAUUUAAACGACACAGUGGUAUUUUUUUUUGUUUUGUUUUGGUUACGUGGACUGUUUAGAAGUGUAAACCGAAUUCUAGGUGGGAGUUUAAUAUUUUUUAUUUCCCAUUUUUUGUUUAUAAAUAUUGAAAAAAAAGUUUGGAGCUAUUGCCUGGGGUUCAGUGGAUUGGGGAUUGGUUUUUGGUUUGUUUUUUUUUUUUUUUUGAAAAGAGGUGUGAGAUUACAAAAUAGGGGGGCUGUCUGACCGAUGGACAAACGUAAGAUGCUGACGAAACGCCCGCGAAUGGAUACCAUGAGGGGCCCUAUUGCCAAUGGGCCCAUCCAAACUCGACCGCUUGUUGCACUUCUUGAUGGACGUGAUUGUUCCAUUGAGAUGCCAAUUCUUAAGGACGUUGCUACUGUUGCGUUUUGUGACGCCCAAUCCACAUCGGAAAUCCAUGAAAAGGUACUAAAUGAGGCUGUUGGAGCACUGAUGUGGCACACUAUUAUUCUAACAAAAGAGGACCUUGAAAAGUUCAAAACACUAAGAAUUAUCGUGAGAAUUGGCUCGGGGGUUGACAACAUUGACGUUAAAGCUGCUGGUGAGCUUGGCAUUGCUGUAUGCAAUGUACCUGGUUAUGGUGUUGAGGAAGUUGCUGACACAACGCUGUGUCUCAUUCUCAAUCUUUAUCGUCGUACGUACUGGCUUGCAAAUAUGGUACGAGAGGGUAAAAAAUUCACUGGGCCUGAGCAGGUGAGAGAGGCAGCCCAGGGUUGCGCCAGGAUACGAGGUGAUACACUUGGUAUCGUUGGUCUUGGUAGAAUUGGAUCGGCAGUUGCACUUCGUGCCAAAGCAUUUGGCUUCAUCGUCAUGUUCUACGAUCCUUAUCUACCCGAUGGCAUUGAAAAAUCACUCGGUCUCACGAGAGUCUACACGCUACAGGAUUUGCUCUAUCAGUCUGACUGUGUAUCACUCCACUGUACCCUCAAUGAGCAUAAUCAUCACUUAAUUAAUGAAUUCACCAUCAAACAGAUGAGACCUGGAGCAUUUCUAGUAAACACAGCACGAGGUGGCCUCGUGGACGACGAUGCACUGGCAGCUGCACUGAAACAGGGAAGAAUUCGUGCAGCAGCCCUCGAUGUCCAUGAGAACGAGCCAUACAAUGUCUUUCAGGGUCAGUCAAAUGCCCAAUGUCCACUAAAGGAUGCACCAAAUCUACUGUGCACACCGCACGCUGCAUUCUACAGCGAUGCAAGUUGCUCGGAAUUACGGGAAAUGGCUGCGACUGAGAUACGACGAGCUAUUGUCGGCCGUAUUCCUGAUUGCUUGAGGAACUGCGUUAAUAAAGAGUAUUUCCACUCGUCCACUGGCAGCAGCUACCCAGAGGCUAUAAACGGUGGAUACUACGCGGGAGCUCUGCCAAUGCAACAGGCGCAUUCAACGACACCCCAUGAUUCAGCUCCACCACCACCUGGUGGACACACAGUUGUUGGUGGUGGUGGUGGUGGUAGUGCUAGUGGUCCAAACUCAUCGGCUGGUGGUGGCAGUACUGGGCCAACAGUUGGUGGUGGUGGUCCAGCAGUUGGUGGUGGUGGAAGUGGUGGACCAGCAAGUGCACCACCAAGUGCUGGUCUGCCUGGUUUACCACACAGCAUAGUUACUGAUCCUGAUCCACGACCAAGUCCACCAGCCCCAAGUCCACGUUGACCAUGAGAAUAAUUUUUCAUUUUCCAUAUUUUUCUUUCAACAUCCACGAGAUAUAAGGGGGAGAGAAAAAAAAAGAGAAA